UCGGCAGCUGAGAUGGCAGCCAACACGACAACGAUUGCGACCGUGACGCUGCCGCCGGGGCUCUUCGGGACGCUCACGUGGCUGCAUUGGGCCGAGAUCGGCGUCUUCACCUUUGCGGCGCUGGCGCUGGCGGCGGUCUACACGCAGCCCAAGUUUCUCAUGCGCCGGCUCCGGAACCGGUACCCGGCAGCGAUCUGGUUUGCCGAGACCGACGCCGCCGUCGUCUCGCUCACGAUCGACGAUGCGCCGAGCAACAGCACGCCGCUGAUUCUGGACGCGCUCAAGAAGAACAACGUCAAGGCCACGUUCUUCAUCAUCCAGUCCAACGUGGCCGGCCGCGAGCAUAUCCUCCAGCGCAUUGUCGACGAAGGCCACGUGAUUGGCAACCACUUUGUCGCGGACGAGCCCAGCAUCCGCGACGAGAUUGGUGUCUUUGAGCGCAAGCUUCUCCACUGCCACGAGACGCUGCUCAAGUACCAGCCGCGCGUGCGCUGGGCGCGCCCAGGUUCGGGCUGGUUCAACAAGGACAUGGUGCAGGUCGCGGAGAAGCACGGGUACCGUUUUGCGAUGGGCAGCGUGUACCCCCACGACGCCCAAGUGCGCAUCUCCAAGAUCAAUGCGUGGCACAUCAAGGCGCUGACGCGCAACGGCAGUGUCCUCAUUGUGCACGAUCGUCCAUGGUCCGUCGCGGUCCUCGAAGAAGCCCUCCCGGUGCUCACGAAGAAGUUUACGUUCAUUCCGCUCGAGCAGCUCGAGCGCGAGUACGAGUCGCCGCCGUCUGCGCCCGAGGCCGUCGCUACGGAAGCGACUGCGCUCUUGUCGGCGCCCGACCUCGAAAAGUAAGCUCGGGUGGUCGCCGUGCCCGACGUCGGUACUAUAAUUGGAGUCUUCUAGGAAGCGUUUGUAGAAAUGUAGCUACUAUCGUAAUGACAGGCCAAGGCCAGAGUCGCCACGGCGCUUCAUGAUGGCCGCCGGCAAGUCGCCCGUCUCUGGUCGUCAUCCGUGCUUUUCGC